GAAAGCUUGGAUAAUUUUCAACAGUCAAUCAUUUCAUCCACCAUUCAUUUACUAUAUCGUUCGUCUCAAGACCCACCUGAGAACCUGGGAAAUUUCAAGUCAAUCCUUUCAUUAAACAUUCCUUUACUUCUAGAUACUAUUUGAUUGUUCGAAAAUAAAUAAAUAAGAUGCAAUCACUUUUGUUUCUGUCGGCUUUGAUGGCAAUCAUUCUUGAUGUCCAAACUGCUCAUGUCGACAUAUCAGCCUUUGCAUGUCCAGAUUCAAAGCAAAAUCAGCCCGUGUGCAUCAUCUCUGGUAAUAUCCGUAAAACCCUUGGCCAAGUUAGCGUGCAAAGAGCAGUACCCUCACCUGUACACUUAGACCGUUCUAUCUGUGGGGAUAUUAGUCUCUUUGAGACUUCAAUGGAUCAAAAGUGCUGCUCUGAUAGCUUGAAAUUAGAUGAUAAACCAGUGGUAAAGGGCAUGUUUUUAGUUAGCAAUGAUGAUAUCAAGGACUCUUGUGGAGAUCCAAAGUGAAAUAUUGUAGUCUGUUCAUCACCUCAUUGCCCA